UUAAUCCAAUUAAGCUUAUUUGACGUGUUUUUGUGUGAAAUAAAACUUCUAUCUGAAAAAAGUGUUGCUCUGCCUCGCGAAGUGAGAUAUUUAUCGUUAAAGUUGAAGACUUUUCAGGUUAGGAAACCUGUCAUACGAACGAAGUGUAGCGAUACUGAGGCGGAACACACUACCUCCACGCAUACACUUUUCACGCGAAGCGAGAUUUCACAUGGGUUUACGAAUUUCUACACAAAACGAGAUUCAAUCCAGACCCUGUGUGUAUAGUUUUUUGACAGUUGAGCCUCCCCAAAGGGGGCGGGGGGGAGGGCGAAACACACUGCCUCCACGCAUACAUUUUCCACGCGAAGCGAGGUUCUACAUGGGUUUGCAAAAUUAAAAACCUCGCGAAGUUAUACACUUCGUUCGUAUGACAGGUUUCCUAACCUGAAAAAUCUUCAACUUUAACGAUAAAUAUCUCACUUCGCGGGACAGAACGACACUUUUUUCAAAUAGAAAAGUUUUAUUUCACACAAAAACGCGUCGAAUAAGCCUAAUUGGAUCAAAAUCGGAGAUAUUCUAAAUUCUAUAAUAUCAAGCUUUGAAAUCUGUGUAUCAUUCAGAUAUAUAAAAAACCAUAAUGUGGAAUCAAAACAUAGGAAAGGAGAAUAGUUGAAAUGAUACAGUGUAAAAUAACCUAAGUCAGUCUUUGUCUUUUAGUAUGGAUCUAACAAUGAUGAGAUAUUGCCCAUCAAACAUAACUUUUAUUGAUAUCUGGAUAAACCAUGGUAUGUCUAAAUGUUUUAUGGACACCAUCUGUACUAGUAUAAUUUUUUUGUACUUGAUUAUAUUUGGAUCUAUCCAACUAUGGAUGUAUCGCAAGUAUGGGACAGAUGCUGAUGAAAAUGCAUUACCAAGAAGCAAAUUAUAUAAUUUACAAAAGUUUGUUUUAUACUUUGUCCCUUUUCUGAGUAUUUUGAGGAUAAUCUUACAAGCUACAGUCUUAGAUGAUGGAAUAGUUUAUGGAUAUAUGAUAUUAACGACAGUGUCGACGGUUAUUAUUUAUCCAUAUUCAAUUUAUAUAUUGAAAGUUGAAAGACAUAAACUAUUACCAAGCGUGCCACCACAUGGUCAUGGAUUGGUGUUACUGGGAUUUUGGACGUUGGCAUUUGUGACUGAGAAUCUUGUUUUUGUCAACAUUGGAAAACUGGAAUGGUGGUUUCAUUUGAAUUCUUUGACAGAUCAGAUUGAAAUGGCUUUAUUUGUCUUGCGUUAUAUCAGCAGUUUAUUAAUUUUUGCUCUGGGUUUACGAGCUCCUGGCAUUACUGGUAACUUUGAUCCUGAUUAUCAUGUACUUCAUGAUAGCUCAACCAUGCAAUCACGAUAUUAUCAAAGAAGACCAGAUGAUAAUAUUUCCACAUGGACAAAUUUAUGGUACAAGAUUAAAGUCUUAACACCGUUUUUAUGGCCGAAGUCAGACAUAUUACUUCAAUUCAGGGUGAUAUUUUGCUUUUUGCUGUUGUUAGCUGGACGUUUGAUAAAUCUUUAUGUACCAAUUUACAAUAAAAAGAUUGUGGAUAGCGUUACAAUUGCUCCUGUUCAAUUUAGGUGGGAUAUAAUAUUGAUAUAUGUAACGUUUAAAUUUUUGCAAGGCGGUGGCACAGGAGGUAUGGGCUUGUUAAAUAAUUUAAGAUCUUUUCUUUGGAUCCGUAUCCAACAAUAUACUACUCGUGAGGUACAAGUAGAAUUAUUUAGGCAUUUACAUGGAUUGAGUUUACGUUGGCAUCUUGGAAGAAAGACUGGCGAAGUGUUAAGAAUCAUGGAUCGUGGCACAGAUUCGAUUAAUAAUUUACUCAAUUAUAUUCUUUUUUCAAUUCUACCAACCAUUGUUGAUAUUAUUGUGGCCGUCUUAUUUUUCAUCACAGCAUUUAAUAAAUGGUUUGGACUCAUCGUUUUUACAACUAUGGUUCUUUAUAUUGCCGCAACUAUCAUAAUCACGGAAUGGCGUACGAAGUUUCAAAGACGUAUGAAUUUGGCAGAUAAUGCUCAAAAAGCACGUAGCGUUGAUAGUUUACUUAAUUUUGAAACGGUGAAAUAUUAUGGUGCCGAAACAUACGAAGUUGAAAGUUAUAGAAAGUCAAUUUUAGAUUUCCAAAUACAAGAAUGGACAUCAAUGGUUACGUCAAAUAUUUUAAACACGUUACAAAAUAUAGUUAUCAGUGGAGGUUUAUUAUGUGGAUCGUUAUUAUGUUUACACAUGGUUGUGUUCCACCAAGGUUUAACAAUUGGCGACUAUGUAUUGUUUGUUAGUUAUAUAAUGCAACUUUAUGUACCGCUAAAUUGGUUUGGAACAUAUUAUAGGGCUAUUCAAAAGAAUUUUAUCGAUAUGGAAAAUAUGUUUGAACUACUUAGAGAAGAACAAGAGGUGAUAGACGCACCAGGCGCCGGAUUAUUGGACGUUAAGCAUGGACAAGUGGAAUUUCAAAAUGUAUCAUUUGGCUACACUCUCGAGAAACUUGUACUUAGAAACAUUAGUUUUACUGCACCUGCGGGAAAAACGGUCGCACUAGUCGGUCCUUCCGGUGCUGGGAAGAGCACUAUAAUGCGAUUAUUAUUUCGUUUCUAUGAUGUAGAGCAAGGCGCGAUUUUAAUCGAUGGACAAAAUGUUAAAACCGUCAAACAGGAGUCUCUCAGAAAAACUAUAGGUGUCGUACCACAAGACACUGUUUUAUUCAACAAUACUAUAAAAUAUAACAUCCAGUAUGGACGUAUCAAUGCAGCGGAAGCGGAUAUAAUAGCUGCUGCAAAAUACGCGGAUAUCCAUGAAAGGAUUCUCACAUUUCCAAACGGUUACGAAACACAGGUUGGCGAAAGGGGACUUAGGCUGAGCGGUGGUGAAAAGCAACGCGUCGCAAUCGCGCGUACGAUAUUAAAAAUGCCAGAGAUAGUAUUGCUAGAUGAAGCUACGAGCGCUUUAGAUACACAAGCAGAACGUAAUAUACAAUCGGCAUUAAAUAGAGUCUGCUCUGAACGAACUACUAUUAUCAUAGCACAUAGAUUAUCUACGAUAAUUCACGCAGACGAAAUCCUCGUUUUAAAGGAUGGUGAAAUCGUUGAAAGAGGCAAACACGAAGAAUUAAUUUCACAUGGUAAUGUUUAUUACGCGAUGUGGCAAGCGCAGCUUCAAAAUGAUCAAGAUAAUAACAAGGAUGAGGGAGUUCCUCUUGUGCAUGAAAAUCACGUGACGUCUUAAAUAAUAAUAAAAAUGUGCACAACUUUAUUUUGCUAAUACACGCGUACAAGUGAAUAACUCUUUCUUCUGCUACCAUAGAACUUAUAAUAUCUAGAGACGUCUUGCAGCUCAAAUCGUGGCACCAACCUGAGUGACAGAAAGGGGGAUAUAUCUUCUGUUUCACUGUUUCUAUCUUCCAUUGAGCAAGCGUGAACAAUUGGUACAAUUACAUUGUACUAAGAACAGCAUAAUUGUCAUAUUUUGACCCUAAAAUGUGAUGUUUGACAAGUAAUCUUUUAUAAAUCGCAAUAAACUUAUAACGUACACCAUACAAUUUA